GAUUGUUUACUUUGAGGGUGUUGGACACAUCACUGUGCUUUCGGUCCUCUCAACUGAAAGAAAAUGCAGGAGCAGAGUUGGACAGAGUCCCGAUUGGUGCUUUUCAAAAGGCAGGGUUAAUCAUUAGCUGCAGGAUAUGCAUAGUUGGAGUUGAUACAAUUUUUUUCCCUCAGAACCUCCACACCUCUUAUCAAGGGAAAGGAAGUGGCUUGAGCUUCCUCAAAGGGCCUGCUACAGAAAAUACUUGGAAGGAAACUCUUCUAAGAGGCUUUGCUUCUCUUUGGCUCUUCUUGCUCCCUGUUGGAUUAAAACAGAAAAAAUGGCAGGCGUAAGCAGCUGUAUGAAAUACUCUAUGUUCUUUUUCAACUUCUUGUUUUGGGUAUGUGGAUGCAUUAUUCUGGGAGUCUCUAUAUGGCUGCGUGUAAGCAAAACAGCUCAAGGAGAAUUAAAUAUAGACAGCAGCCUGGUUUCUGGUAUCAAUGUCCUCAUCGCUGUGGGUGCUAUUAUCAUGGUGCUUGGUUUCCUGGGUUGCUGCGGUGCCAUGAAGGAAAGCCAGUGCAUGCUUCUCCUGUUCUUCAUUGGACUGCUAGCGAUCUUGCUUCUCCAAAUUGUAGCAGGCAUUUUGGGAGCAGUCUACAAAUCUCAGGUUGAAGAAAAUUUGAAGACUGGUCUCAGCACGUACAGCAGUACUCUGCAAGGUACCUCACCUGCUGAUAAAGAAUUCCAGAAAGAUUUUCGCCAAAUUGAAAAAGAGAACAAAUGCUGUGGUUUGUUUAACGGGAAGGCAGAUUGGGGAAAAACUGCAGGAGGGUGUGAAUGUGAGAAAGCAGACAUAGGGACGUCUGCCUGCAAAGACAAUAUCUAUGAAGAGACUGAUUAUUUGUAUUCAUGUUGGUAUUCCCCUGUCUUUCAGUACUGUGGAGAUGUCAUCAUCAGGAUGGUACAGAACAAUAUGAUCAUAGUUAUGGGAAUAGCAUUUGGACUGGCAUUCAUCGAGGUUCUUGGUCUGGUGUUUUCAAUGAGCCUCUACUGCCAAAUUCAGAGAAAAUGAAACCGUGGAAGUGUCAGAAAUAUAUCACUAGCCAAAGGAGAAACCUUUGUAGAUUGAGAGAUUGAAGUUUGGUUUGGCACCUUAGAGCAAAUGCCAGAAGCAACUGUGAUGAUAACAGCCGAAGCACUGAUGGAUAAUGAUUUUUUUCAUGCAUUGUGAAAUAAAAAUCUGCUUAAAAUUAGGAAAACUAAUGACCCAUAGCUGAUUUUUUUAAUGUUACACAUACCUUUUGUAUAUUCUUUUUGUCAGCUUUUUUAUUUAGAAAUUCCCUCACAAUAAAACAGAACAUUUAACUUGUCACAUAUUCUGCUGACACAGCGCAGCGCUUUCAAGAUUUCUGAUAACUGUGAUAUACCAUUCUCUCAACCUUCAAAUUAAAAUUGGAUGCACAAUGAUUGUAAUAACUGGAAAAUACUCUAAAAGUAUAUAAAAUAAAAUUUUCCACUUCAAAAUU